UGGGGAUCAAUCUACCAAGAUUGGAGCAGAUGUUAUGCAUCUGUUACAGUCUUCUAAAUUUUGAUUGCAGAUGGAGAGACGACCAUAAAUUUCCUCUCAUCUCUUCUCUAAGUCCAGUCUAUUAAAUUCUGAACUGAAAUUGAUAACUGAACUCAAUUCAAUUUGUAUAAAUAGAAUUUAUAUGUUAAAUGAGUCGGUAUGAUUAAAAUUUUUUUCUGCUACUCGACGUAUCGGAUCGGAUUUAUUUGACGGGUAUCUGCCGACCCCUUAGAGAAAAGCCCAAAUUCAUAACCUACCCAGCCCACUGCCGGGCCCAUUCCCAACUUCCUACUGCCCAUCACCGAAGGCUCAAGUGAAGCCCUAAAGAGUUUCAAUCCGCGCACGCCGCACGGCUUAAGGGAGGACUGAGGCUUCACCUACCGUGCUUCAGUGCCUUCGCCUUCGCUGUUUUGAGGGCUGAGGCUUCACCAGUAGCCACCGCAGAGAGCUUCCGGUUCGGCUAUUCGGUGUUCGCGACCUCGUGUCUUCUCCGAUCUUCGUCAACGGCUCGGCAGACCUCCAUCUACCACCCCACGAGAGAUUCGGCAGACGGCCAGUCGCCAGACCGCAGGUCCGCAGCCGCCGCACCAUUUAUUCCGGCGAAGAGGUAAGUCAUGGUUAAGCAUAACAAUGUCGUGCCGAAUGGACACUUCAAGAAGCACUGGCAGAAUUAUGUCAAAACUUGGUUUAACCAACCUGCCCGCAAAACAAGACGACGGUUAGCUAGGCAGAAGAAGGCUGUGAAGACAUUCCCACAGCCUACCGCAGGACCACUUCGACCCAUUGUCCAUGGGCAAACCCUGAAGUAUAACAUGAAAGUUAGGGCUGGGCGGGGAUUUUCUCUUGAAGAGCUUAAGACAGCAGGCAUUUCAAAAAAACAUGCUCGAACCAUUGGCGUUGCAGUUGAUCAUCGUCGCAAAAAUCGAUCUCUUGAAGGCCUUCAAACUAAUGUGCAAAGGCUAAAGACAUACAAGGCUAAGCUGGUUGUCUUCCCAAGACGUGCAAGAAAAGUCAAGGCUGGUGAUUCUACUCCAGAGGAACUUGCAACAGCCGCACAAGUCCAAGGUCCUUACAUGCCAAUUGCAAGGGAGCAACCCACUGUUGAGCUUGUGAAAGUAACAGAUGAGAUGAAAUCAUUUAAUGCCUAUGCCAAGUUGCGUCUUGAGCGGACGAAUCAACGCCAUGUUGGUGUCAGGAUGAAGAGGGCUGCUGAAGCAGAGAAGGAAGAUAAGAAGUAGAUUGUGGGAGGGGAGAGCCAGUGGUCCCAGUAUCUGUAGAAAUCCUCAAUUUUUUGGCCAGAUUAUGGUUACUGAGAGUCUUAAUCCUUUUUAUCACCUGUGAUGCCAAAGCCUAACGGUUUGAGUUUUUAGUAGGUUCUAUGGACAACUGUUAUCUUUAUACUUUGGUUCUGAAUGGGUUUGAUUAUGUUCUGUUAAUUUCCUUUUUAUUGAUUUACUUAGGUGAACAACUGUUGUCUGUUUUGAAAACUUUUGAGUGUAAUUUCCUUGUUUUGAGGGAGGCCUAAUGAUGCUUGAUGCAUCUUCAAGCAAGUAAUGUUAAAAUUAUUUUUUGUUGUUUA